AUGAUUAAAUUCUCUGGACUAUACGGAGCAGGAGGUGGAAGAGGAGACUUGGCAGCAUCCUUACAAAUUUGGGGUGACGCGCAAUUGGCAAUAACAAUUUACGAUUGCGCUGGCCCGGGUCGACAGAUAGCCGUCGGGGGUACGACGAUAUCGCUCUUCGGAAAGCACGGAGUCUUCCGCCAGGGAAUGCUGGACCUAAGAGUCUGGCCGAAUGUUGAAGCAGAUGGCUCAGUCCCCACAACUACUCAAGGAAAAGCCCGAGAUGCUGGGAAGGAGCAGAUGCAAAGACUCGCCAAGCUCGCUAAAAAACGUCGCAAUGGACAGAUGCCACGUGUCGACUGGCUGGAUCGUUUGGCGUUCCGCGAGAUUGAAGUGAUCAAUGAGCGCGAGAAGAGAGAGUCUAAUUACUUGUAUCUCACUGUGGAAUUUCCUGAGGUUACUAUGGACGGAUUGCCGUACUCAAUUGUUUACUAUGAGAAAGAUGGAGAUGAAGUUGUUCAGCAUCGAGCUCAGCCGGAUGUUGUUACCAUUCCGGAUUAUGAAAUUCUGGCGGAAAAUCUUGUAGAAGCUAAACAUCAUAAGUUGGCGCGAUAUCCACCAACAACUGCCCUGACAACAGAGGAGCAAGAUUUAAUCUGGAAGUUCCGGUACUAUUUAUCAACCCAAAAAAAAGCACUGACUAAAUUUGUCAAGUGCGUGAACUGGAAAGUAGCCGGGGAGGAGCGUCAAGCUUUAGAAAUGCUUGCCAGUUGGAGUCCUCCGGACCCAGAAGACGCUCUUGAGCUUCUCGGACCAGCCUUUACUCACCCAGCUGUCAGAAGAUACGCAAUAGCAAGAUUAAACCAGGCUAAUGACGAUGACCUCAUGCUCUAUCUCCUGCAGCUGGUUCAAGCGUUGAAGUACGAGAAUUUUGAGAGUAUAAAAGCAGCUAAUUUGAAGAUUGUUCGCGAGAGCGAAAAAAUUGAGAGGAUGGAAAAACCUGAGCAUUCAAACAAUUCUAUGUCUACGUCUAGUGAAUCAGAAACAAACCAAUCAUCAUCUAGUCAAGAGUCUCCAAUGGACCUAGCAUCAUUUUUAAUAACCCGGGCGUGUCAAAAUUCAACCCUGGCUAAUUACUUAUACUGGUACCUAGCAAUUGAGUGUGAAGACCAACCAGACCCUGCGAUAACUGUCAAACAAGACACGAGGGUCAGAGAAAUGUAUGUCACAGUGAUGAAGAUGUUCUCGAUGGCUCUCACUCAAGGGAACGUCAUCUGGCAAAAGCGGAAAGCUUUUUUGGCUCGCCAAAAAUUAUUUAUUGAUCAAUUAGUCGCUCUGGUGAAGGUAGUUGCUCGUGAAAGCGGCAACAGGAAGCGCAAAACUGAUCGUCUGAAGGCUUUGCUGUCUGAGCAAGAUCAAAAUUUUAAAAUUAAUUUUUCUAAUUUUGAACCUAUACCUUUUCCGCUUGAUCCGGAAAUUUCUAUUAAGGGAAUUAUUCCUGAUAAAGCAAGUUUAUUUAAAUCAGCGUUGAUGCCAUCCAAGCUGACUUUUCUUACAACGAAUAAUACUGAGUACAUAGCAAUAUUUAAAUACGGAGAUGAUUUAAGACAAGAUCAGUUGAUUUUACAAACAAUUGCGCUGAUGGAUAAAUUACUGAGAAGAGAAAAUUUGGAUUUAAAGUUAACGCCUUAUCGUGUUUUGGCGACAAGUACACGCCACGGUUUUCUACAAUUUAUCGAGUCAACCACAGUAGCUGAAGUCUUAGCCAGCGAGGGAUCAAUCUUAAGUUUCUUCCGUAAGCACCAUCCAUCAGAAACUGGCCCAUACGGAAUUGCUCCCGAAGUUAUGGAUACUUACGUCCGCAGCUGUGCUGGUUAUUGUAUAAUUACUUACGUACUAGGAGUUGGAGAUCGUCAUUUAGAUAAUUUAUUACUUACCACAUCAGGUAAAUUAUUUCAUAUAGACUUCGGAUAUAUUUUAGGACGUGACCCAAAACCUCUGCCACCUCCUAUGAAGCUCAGUAAAGAAAUGGUUGAAGCUAUGGGUGGCGUGGGCUCUGAACACUACCACGAGUUCAGGAAACAGUGCUACACAGCGUUUCUGCACUUGAGGCGUCACGCAAAUUUGAUUUUAAAUUUGUUCUCGCUGAUGGUCGAUGCCAGUGUUCCAGACAUCGCUCUAGAGCCGGAUAAAGCUGUGAAAAAAGUCCAGGAUAAACUGAGACUGGAUUUGAGCGAUGAGGAAGCUGUUCACUAUGUACAAAAUUUACUGGACUUGUCUGUCACUGCGGUGAUGGCUGCUCUGGUUGAACAAUUGCAUAAAUUCGCUCAAUAUUGGCGGAAGUAA